AUGAUUAUAAAUGAAAUUAUUGAAAUAAGUAAUGAAGAAACUAUAGAAGUUGAUAUUGAAAUGAAUAAAAUAAUUUCAGAAAUGAUAUAUCAAUUUAUAAAUAAUGUUAAGGAAAGUAGUGAAUCAAUUUAUGGAACCUUCCUUUCAGGUGUUGCGACAGCACUUGAUACACUUUGUUCGCAGGCCUAUACACCUGCAGAACAAAUUCUUGUACUCAUUGGUCAAGAUCCGGGAAUAGCUGCACAAGCUGGUUUAUAUUUAAGAUACUUAUUGGUUGGAGCUCCUGCACUCUUGUUGCUUGAAAAUUUGAAGAAAUAUUUGCAUGCUCAAGGGAUAAUGAAAGCUAGUACAUAUGUAUCAAUAAUUUGUUUUCUAAUUAACGUAUGCUUAACCUUCACGCUAGUUUUGUAUCAACCAUUAUCACUUGAUUUAAUUGGAGCACCUAUUUCCACAGCUGUUUUGACAUUGGCAAUUCCUGGCAUCCUGAUGGUUUGUUCAGAAUGGAUAUUUGAAUUCAUAUCUCUUCGUGCUGGAUAUUUUGGUGGACUUUCGCUUGCAUCACAAAUAACAGCUCGUAUUGAAAAUUUAUUGGGUGCUGGAUUGGUAGAAAGAGCUAAAAUGGCUUCAAAAAUUUCUAUGCAACUCAAUGUUAUUGUUGCUUUAUUGAAUACAACCGUGCUGAUAGUUUUCAAGGAUUAUUGGGAUAUAUUCAUCUCGGAAGAAGAUGUAGUCAAGCUUACAUCUUAUGUCUUACUGUUAGCUGGUUUAUUCCAGUUUGGACGCAGUUGGGCUUGGUGCGUUUCUCACCGUUCCUGGAUACUUCAUUGUAGAUUAUCUAUUGAUAUACUUUUAGCCUUCAGAUUAGGAUUUAGAUUACAAGGUCUUUGGAUUGGGAAGAUGGAGAACUGA